CUUCAGACAUUGACUGUUUCCUCCCGCAAGCAACGACCAUGUGGAAAUUCCUUGUGAUCGCAUUGGUUGGCCAAUUGGUCAUGGCAUCUCCGAGGCCGGAAGGCCAAGCAGAACUACUGCCCACGCCACCGCCACCUGACUGUGCCGAGAACGAAGUCUACAAAGCGUGCACCAGUAGUUCCUGCUCCGAGGCUACCUGCCACCAUCCCCAAGUGGGGCCCGCCUGCACCGCUGACUGCAUACGGGGAUGCUUCUGCAAACACCGUUUCUACCGCGACGAGCAAAGAAACUGCGUCGCGAAGGACCUGUGCCCCGAAGGUUCGGCGGCACGUACAUACGUGGAGGAAGAGCAUGCCCAUGAGUGACGAGUCUGGGAGUGAAGUUAACACACACUGCAAUAAAAGUUUUUAUUGACGACA